AUGGUAACCUCAACCACCCACAAAAUCCUCAUCAUAAACCCCAACUCCUCAACCUCCAUGAGCGAAGGCAUCCAAUCCCUCAUAAGAUCCCUCAACGCCGCCGGCUCAACCUCAUCCAUGAUAGACAUCUACACAGCACCCUCCGGACCACCCAGCAUAAACAACGAAGAAGACUCACUCCUCACCACCAAAAUAGUCUACUCUGAUCUCCUUUCCACCAAUAAGAUAUCCCAAUACGAUGCAAUCUUAGUAGCAUGUUACAGCGUCCACCCCCUCGUCCACACGCUCCAAGAGAACGCGGAAGUAAAAAGACGAGGCAUCCACGUAACAGGCAUCUUCGAAGCCAGCAUCUCCACCUCCCUCGCCCUCACGUCCGCCUCCAAUUCCCACUCAAAAUUCGGAAUCGUAACAACAGGCACGUACUGGGAGAAAGUGCUCUCUCAGGGCGUUCAGCAAUUCCUCGACAUCCCAGAUCUGAAAGACUUCCGGAAAUUCAAAGGCGUCCAGAGUACCAGUCUGAACGCCGAUGAAUUACAUACCGCACCCCCAGCGCUGGUGCGAGAGAGGAUGAUGGACGCUACGCGACGACUGGUGAAGGAGAAGGAUGUCAAGGUUGUUUGUUUGGGGUGCGCGGGGAUGGCGGGGUUGGAUGGGAUUGUGAGAGAAGCUUUGGUUGCGGAGUUGGGUGAGGAGGCGGGGUAUGUGCAUAUUCUGGAUGGGGUGAAGGCUGGUGUGGGCGUACUUGAAGGGUUAUUGAGGGCUCUUCCGCCGGUGAAGAGGGAUGGUUGA